CUAUAAAAUCUGGCAUUCCUGUAUUCUCUUCUGCAGGGGCAUCUCUACGUUCUUAUCUGUUCUAUAGAGUUUUGUGUUACUCUGUGUUGAGUUUCCAUGGCUAGGGCACAUCUUAUAUCUUCUCCUAACGUCUCUUCACUCACAACUGGUGCAUAUCUUUCUGGCAGGAAACUCUCCUUCAAUAGUAUUUACUAUGAAAGUUCUGGUGGAUCAAAAGCUUCUAAGCACAGUAUAAAAGCUCAAAUACAGUACAAUCCUUUGAGGUUUCAACCAUCACCUUCUAAUAACCAUUACAAAAGCACUGAAAGAGGAGCAACAUAUGAAGAAAGCAAUAAAAGUUAUGUUGCGAAAGCUGUCACUGUACCAUCUUCUGAGUCAGAAUCUGAAGCUUCCAACUCCAAAAACAUUGUCGACUCUGUCAAAAAUUUCAUGGCUGUUGUAUACCAAUUUAUUUACCCUUACGCAAUGUAUGGUCGAACGUCAACGACAAUUUCCGCGUCUCUCGUUGCAGUAGAAAGACUAUCAGAUAUAUCUCCGUUGUUUUUUAUUGGUUUGUUACAGGCUUUGAUACCUUCCUUGUUCAUGGAUCUUUAUGUUAAUGGAGUGAAUCAAGUGUUUGACUACGAAAUAGAUAAGAUAAACAAGCCACAUCUUCCAUUCGCCUCUGGGAAAUUAUCCUUCAGGAAUUGUGUCUUUAUUGUAGCCGCAUCUGCAAUCUUGGGUUUGGGGCUUAACUUGAUGAUAGGUUCUCCACCACUUAUUUGGAACUUUGUGUUGAACGUUAUAUUAGUGAAUUGCUAUUCAAUGAAUCUUCCUUUCUUAAGAUGGAAGCAAAAUCCGGUGCUGGCAGCAUUAUUCGUAACCACCAGUAUGACGUUGCUAUUUCCAAUUUCAUACUUCCUUCAUAUGCAGACGUUUGUGUUGAAGAAGCCACUUAUGUUUACAAGAUCAUUCAUUGUUACUCUGCUGUUCAUGGGUUUGUACUCUACUGGUAUAGCAUUAUCCAAGGAUAUACCUGACGUAGAAGGAGAUAUAAAACAUGGAGUUGAUUCUUUUGCAGCACGUUUAGGGCAGAAAAAAGUAUUUUGGAUUUGUAUUUCCCUUUUUGAAAUGGCAUUUGGAGUUGCCUUCUUGGCAGGAGCAUCAUCUUCAUCUCCCUUUUGGAUUAAAUUUGCCGCGUGUCUUGGAAAUUUUGUUCUUGGCUCAAUUCUCUGGUACCGGGCCAAAGAUGUAGAUGUGAAAAAUCCAGCUUCUAGUGGACCCUUCUAUUCAUUUAUCUGGAAGUUGAUGAUGGCGGGACAUGUUUUUCUGCCUUUAAUCAGAUGAGGUGUCACUGAAGAUUAAAAUUGCACUUGGGACACAUGCGCAACAGAACAACAUAGAGACCCUUCGCAUAUAAAUUUCCUGAAUGAGUUUUGAAUCACUAAGAUUUUAUUUUAUUUUUAAUUGUGCGAUGAUUUUCAGUAUCUAUAUUGAGCUUUAUCUCUAUAGACACGUCUUUCACGAAACAAAUAAAGAAAAUAGAAGCAACCUAUUAUAAUUAGAUUUCUUUUUCA